AUGGAUGCAACUAUAAAUAAAGAACUAGAGGCUUUGGAGGAUGGAGAAAUAUGUAGAAUAACCGUCUUACGAAGACAAGUAAGGAAAAUGUUGAAAAUAACUAACAGUAUCUGCUUUAUGAAUAUGGGUGAACAAUACAAGCCAUUUUUUAAAUAUUUCAUUGGAGUAAUUAUUAUUCUUACUGGGAGAUAUGCUUUUGCUGAUAACAUCAAAUUGAAAGAUGUCCUCAGAAACAACAAUAGUAGAUCCGGCAACAACAAUUCGAGUAACAAUAACUAUAAUAGUAAUAAUGAUGACGAUGAUAUUUUAAAAUCAGAAGUUACAAAAGUUGUUGAUCUAUGUGGUUCUUCGAGAAAUAACAGAAAUCAAGAUGAUAACAAUAACAGGUAUUCUGGAAAUGGUGAUGCCACUGAUACAUAUCGAAGAAUUAACAAUAACGGAGACUAUUACAAAAACGUUGGAUAUGGUAACGAUGAUUAUGGGGAAAAUAGUUAUAGUCAUAAUUCCAGAAACAAUAGACAAAAUUCUAAUAACCGUAAUAAUAAUAACAGAAAUGAUAGGUAUGGACUUUCUAGUAGUUAUAAUGAUAAUGAUGAAAACCCGUACACUUCGUCUAAUAGAAAUAAUCACGAUUCUGAAAGGAAUAAUAACCCUUACAGCAAUUAUGGUAAUAGUAAUAAUCCCUAUUCAAGCCACAAUUACAAUGACAACAACAGAAAUAGAAAUAACGGCUACUCCUAUAGUAAAUUAAACAACAUGAACAACAGAUAUAAUCCUGAUGGACAAAACAAUGGUUAUGGAUUUAACAACAGACAUGACACUAAUGGCUUCAAUUAUAAUGGAGGUAGUGGUGGUUACGGAACAGAUUGCAAUUACGGAUACGAUGGUAAUAGUCGCGAUGGUAUGGUAAACAGCAAUACUCAAUCGACUCAAGCAGAAACUGUAUACGGAUAUAACAGAGAAUAUACACGUCAACAUAGAAAUGAUAGAAACGAAGGUUACAAUGAUGACGCUUACAAUUUUGGAGUAAACAGUUAUGGACGAAGAAAAAGAAAUACCAAUAAAAACAAUAUAAAGGAUAACAGUAGAGAUAAUGGCAAUGAGCUGGAUGAUGAACAGAUACCUUCAGAGACGUUGUUUAUAAAAUGGAUUCAAGAACAUAUUAAUGACAAUGAUAUGCAACGAAUCAAAACCCUGAGAGAAAUUAGAAAAUGUUUUACCAGAUUAUCUACGAGUGAUAUUGAUGACGGCUGUGAAUAUUCCAAUGAAUUAUCAAAAUGUUUAAAUUUAGACAUAGAAUAA